GGCUUUACAAUUCCAGUCAACAAACCUGCACUGGGAGUCAGGGAGCACCUCCUAUUUAGUUUCUUCCAGCACUCUAAAGAUACCUGCUUCUUCGUCACACCAAAAAUUUCCACCUCUGUGUUCAGAGAUACUAACUGCUCUUCUUUCUUCCUUCUGUCCAUACUAAGCAUAACAAUAAAGUGAAAGGUACUUCUCAAAUUCCUUUGAAGCUCAUUCAAGUCUAAUCGCUGUCUUCUCUCAGAUACCACGUUUUUCAAUGUGAGAUAGACUGUGAAAAGAAACUUUCUGUGCUAACGUUGCUUUGAAAUGUCUUUUUUCUGUGGCAUUCUCAGCAUGAGAGCCAUGUGAACGUGGGAGUUGAAGACGAGGGCUGCAGCACAGACCUGAAGUCGUUUUGCUUAGAGAUAAUUUGUGAUAUGCUUUCAUUGAAGCGCUUGGACUCUCUCCAGAGGUUCUUUUGCAUAAGAAGCAGACUAGCAUCUGCUGCAUCGUCUCCACAGGCACAGUGUUUUGCUUAACCUCUUCAGGUCUGAGAACCUCCUCAACUCCCACUCAUAGCUACAUUUAUUGUAUCAGUAAGGGAGGAAGGGCCGUCAGCUUGCAAGCCCACGUGUCUCAUUGAAAAGGCUGGCAACGGAUAUUUCGCCAUGCAGGGGAAGAAGUACUAGUCCUUCUGCCAUGGAAGCCGAAGAAACGAUGGAAUGUAUCCAGGAAUUCCCAGAGCACUAUAAAGUUAUUUUGGAUAGACUGAAUGAACAACGUGAGCAGGACCAGUUCACAGACAUCACUCUGAUUGUGGAUGGUCACCAUUUCAAAGCUCAUAAGGCUGUUCUUGCUGCCUGUAGCCAGUUCUUCUACAAAUUCUUCCAAGAUUUCACUCAGGAGCCCUUGGUGGAGAUUGAAGGUGUAAGUAACAUGGCAUUUCGUCACCUAAUAGAAUUCACCUAUACAGCAAAACUAAUGGUGCAAGGUGAGGAAGAAGCAAAUGAUGUUUGGAAAGCAGCUGAGUAUCUACAGAUGCUAGAAGCAAUCAAAGCACUUGAAAUCAGGAACAAAGAAAAUUCAUCACCCUUAGAAUCAAAUCAAACCCAAGGUAAAAAUAAACCAAAAAAGAGGAAGAUAGCUGAAACUUCUAACGUUAUCACAGAAACGCUGCCAUCUGCAGAAUCAGAUCCGGUUGAAAUCGAGGUUGAGAUUGCUGAAGGGACAAUUGAAGUGGAAGAUGAUAGCAUCGAGACACUUGAAGAAGUAGCUUCUGCAGAGCAAUCCAUAAAGUACAUACAGACAACAGGUACAUCAGAUGAAUCUGCUUUGGCUCUUUUGGCAGAUAUCACCAGCAAGUAUCGUCAGGGAGAGCGAAAAUGCCAGAUCGAAGAAGAAGGUGACAGUGCAACUGAUCCCUCGUGCAAACAGGUAGAAGGUAUUGAAAUUGUGGAACUUCAGCUGUCACACGUGAACAAUUUAUUCCACUGUGAGAAAUGUAACCGUUCGUUUAAAUUGUUUUACCAUUUUAAGGAACACAUGAAAACACACUCUACUGAGAGUUACAAGUGUGACAUAUGCAAUAAAAGGUACCUACGAGAGAGUGCUUUGAAACAGCACCUCACCUGUUACCACCUCGAUGAAGGUGGCGCCAGCAAGAAGCAAAGACCUGGCAAAAAAAUACAUAUAUGCCAGUACUGUGAUAAACAGUUUGACCACUUUGGACAUUUUAAAGAGCACCUCCGGAAGCACACAGGUGAAAAACCAUUUGAAUGUCCAAACUGCCACGAACGUUUUGCUAGAAAUAGCACACUCAAAUGUCACUUGACGGCCUGUCAGUCUGGAGCUGGAGCUAAAAAGGGAAGAAAGAAGCUGUAUGAAUGUCAGGUUUGUAACAGCGUGUUUAACAGCUGGGAUCAAUUUAAAGAUCACUUGGUGAUACACACUGGUGACAAACCCAACCACUGUACCUUAUGUGAUUUGUGGUUUAUGCAAGGCAGUGAGCUGAGAAGGCAUCUCAAAGACAUGCACAAUAUUUCAGAACGACUGGUGACAGAAGAGGUUCUUCCAGUGGAAGCUGUGGAAGCUGAACCAGUAACAUCAAUGACUAUAAUAGAACAAGUGGAACAAGUUCAUGUCCUACCAGUAAUUCAGGUACAAGUGGAUCCUGCACAGGUAACUGUGGAACAGAUGCACCAGGAUCUCAUACAGGACAAUCAAGUGAAAGGCGCGCAGUUGGAUGAACUACAAGAACAGGUGCAAAUUAGUUACUUGGAGGUUGAGCACAUUCAGACUGACCACGGUGCUGAAGUUCAUGUGGAGCAGUUGCAUGUUGAGCAUGUAAAUCAAAUACAGAUGGAAGAAGUACAAGCAGAACUUAUAGAUGGAACAGACCUUGAACAAGUAGAAUACGAAAGUAUUGAUCAAGGAGAAGCAGAAGAAAAAGAACCUAGUCACGUAGCUGAUGCAGAUAAGGAGGAUCAUGAACAAGCUGAAGACUUAAAAGCUCAACAAUUAGUGGACACGCAGACUGAAAAGGUGGAUGACUAGGACAAUUGACUGCGUGCAGGUUUAGGAGUGAAAUACCAAAUUAUUUUUGUUAACUUUUACAUUGUUUUUUGAACUGUAAAUGGUCAUCUUUCCAAUAUGCUGUCCUUAGCAAGCUGGACAAGUGGACCAAAGUUAGCUUUCUUCAUAUACAACUACACUUCUGUCAUAUGUGAAAAAUAACUGUCAUGUAAUACCACGGAACAGAAACUACCACCGAAAUGGACAGCUUUGUGAUGAUUUUAGUAAUGAGUAGCUUGUCUCACUGUUAUGCCAUCCCUGGGUAUAUGUAAGAGUAACUUCAUCUCUUUUCCUCUUGCAGUAGAAGCAAACUCUUGUUAUAGAUUUGCAGGGUGUCUGUGGCAGAAGAGUUAGUAAAAUCUGGUGGGUUCUAGUAUAAAUGACCAAUCAGAUACCUGUGAAUUUUCUGGGCAGACUGCCAUCCAAAUGCAGUACUGUAUCUAACAGCAGUCCCUGCGUUUCUUUAAUGUGAGAAGCUUUAUAUCAAGCUGGAACUUCUGAACUUUCAGUCUGGGGGAAAGCUGUUUUUGCUGGAGGUCUGAGAGCACAAAAAUUCUGUGCCUUCUCAACAGUGACUGGUUAAAUUUCCACAAAGCUUCUAGAGUGUUCAAGAACCUAGUUCAGUAAAAAGGCAAUGUAGGUAACGUUAUAGUGCUUUAUAUUUUUGCUUAAAAUUGUCAGCUACUGAUUUUUUUUGCAUUAAACUUAGAAUGGGGGGAGUGUUGAGGGAGAAAACAGAUUCCACUUAGAGGCAAUAAGACGCUCUAAAAGGAACAUCUUAAAACAGGAAAAGCUCGAUAGAAUCUGUGGUAAACAUGAGCUGGAAGAAAGCUACCAGCAGAUUCUUCUUUUAUAAAUCUUCAUUUUUGAAAAUGAAUUUGUUUUAACAAGUAUAGAGAAGACUUGUCUAUAUGGUAUCAGGUUCCUGGUUAUGGGGAUUUUUUUGAAAUGGAAUUCUGACACUUGACACAAAGAUGUUGUGCUAAAAAUAAAAGUAAAAGCCAUAGGUAUGAGUGCUAAGCUGUGGAUUGAAAAGUAGGAGUGUAAACAUUUAAAUCAAUAUUAGACAAUAAAAUAAUACCAACCAUGAAAUGUUGCAUUAUUUGCUUCAUCCAAUAAACAAGAAACAAUUUAGUGACUGGCAAUUACAGUGCCAGAUCCCAGUGAUAAGAAUCAAUCCCAUUUUAAUAAGAUUAAUAGCUCAUUACUGUGAAGUUAAGUUUGUUUUAGAAAAUAUUGGUCUGGCUCUGUGUUCAGCCAUACUAAGGACUUCUAAUUCCCAAUUAUUGCCUUGUUCCAUACUUCUGAAAAACUCUUUUUAAAGCCUUAACUGAAUGGAGGAAUUAUUGCAAGGAAGUUCCCUAAUGCGCUUAGUAAUCCCAUAGAUCUUAGUUAAAACCAAGUUUUUCUAUUGUCGUCUCCAAAGGCGGAAUUAUUUCCUCAAACUUGUGCUUUUCAGUCUCAUUCAAAAUGAUUCUUGCGUUUCAUCUUAUUUUUUGAGAAACUGUUGCAAAACAAACACAAAUCUCAAUUAAAGGAUCUCAAUUAAAAAUUUCAAACAAUUUGAUUAAUGUAACUUGCAUUCUUUUUUAAUGAUGUGUUUUGUUUCCUGAGUUGCAAAUAGUACGUGAUGAGAUUCUGUGCUAAGGGAAGAAGGUGGCACAAUGCUAAUCAUGCAAGUGGAAAUUGGCUAUUGUAUUUAUACUUGGUUUUUUGAUGACAUGGAGG